UUCCUCCUGACAUGAAAGAUCCAAAGCCUAGUACGAUCGGUCACAAGAAGAAGAACAGCGGGAAAUCAAACGGCAAAGGAAAGGCGAAGGGUUUCGUGAGGCUAAAAGACCCAACGCCUCCUUCGCCUACCCCACCACCUUCAAAAGAAGUGAGGAAAAAGGAGGACAGUAAUGCAGAAGAGGCCCUUCAAGCUCAUCCUUCUCGUCUUGUGGCGGAAGAGGCUUUUGAAGUUUACGCUUCUCCUCCUGUGGCGGAAGAGGCUUUUGAAGUUUACGCUUCUCCUCCUGUGGCGGAAGAGGCCCCUGAAGAUUACCCUCCUCCUCCUCCUCCUCCUACGCCCCCUCCGCCCCCGGCAGCCCCAUUGGAAGAGCCGACCGCACGAGAACUAUACCCACGCGAAGCGACAACAGCUGAAGGGACUUUUGGUUGGAAAGAAUCCAUCCCUAAGAGUUCGGACAGUGAUGAUAGUUGGGACAGCCUCUCGUUGUUCCGGUCGGAGAAGAAAGGCAAGAAAGGAAAGAAGGAAGAAUGGCUUGUCUACGAAGAUAAGGCUGCUCAUGAGACCGCCUGGUCCUUCCCGUCAGUGAAGGAUAAGAAAAAGAAAAAGGCAAGCCUCCUUGAGGAUUUUGUUACCCCUGAACCAGUAAUCGAAGCGAAAGAGGAUGACAGCUUUGUCUGGUCCUUUGGGUUGAGCAAAGACAAGAAGAAAGAUAAGAAGGCCGACGGCCCACCCGCUGACCCUGUUGUCAUUCCUGGGCCCGUGCCUGAGCCUGUAAAAGAAGAGGACCCGUGGUCAUUUUCAAGCGCCACAAAGACAAAAAAGGGCGAAAAGGGCAAAAAGGGAAAGAAGUUCGAGGGCCCACCCGUUGAGCCCGUUGUCGUCUCUGAACCCGAGCCCGAGUCCGAGCCUGUGAAAGAGGAAGAAGAUCUGCCGCCACCGCCUGAGCUUGUUCCCCCUCCGCCUACUGCCGACGACUGGGGUUCAUUCUCCUUUACCGUCACGAAGAAAAAGAAGUCAAAGAAGAGUAAAGCGGACCUCCCUGUACCAGACCCAAUUGUUGAACCUAUGUCAGAGCUAGAACCAGCUGCACUGGUAGUGGAAGGGCCUGCAGCGAGUAAUUGGAUUAGUACUUGGGGCUUUGCGAGUAAAGGUACCAAGAAAAAGCCCACUGUCUGGGAAGAGCCUAUUCUCUGCGAAGAGCCCCCUCCAGGCGAAGAGCCCACUCCCGGUGAAGAGAUGAUUCCCUGCAAAGGGCUCCGGGCCGAAGAUGCUGUGGUGUCAUCACUGGGGCCUGACGUUAAGCAGAGCAGCAUGUGCCCCUUCCGGGCUCGGCACAUACUCGAUGGAGACAGUUGGAAAAGCUGCAAGAAGUGCCGUGCUAUGAUAUGUCAAGUGUCGAUUCAACUUGCACAUCAAGAGAAUUUGGAUGCAGAGAAGGCUGUUGCAAAAUUGACCAUGAUGUGAAGUCUAUAGCAACACCCAACUUUAGGGUAGAUGUCGGCUACACCCUCAUUUCUAAGGAGAUACUAGAUAGGCCCGGGGUCGAUAUCGUGAUCCUAGUCACGAAAUGAGAAAAGGGCCUCUAAUAACAAGCUGUAAUUUAAUUUAAA